GAAGGGUUUUGCAACUCUGUGUGUGAAGCCUCCUGGGCUGAGGGCUGAGCAGCGCUGCCUCUUUGGGGUGGCCCCAGUGGCGGCUGCCAACGCUGCUAGGUUUACGCAGCCUCCUGGGCCAAGGGCUGAGGAGCCUGUGCCAGAGAUGAAUCUAGCCACGCAAUGACGCCAGGGGGGACUCGCAGACCCGAGACGCUGCUCAUACAUUCAGGGUGCCUUCUGCACCUUGACCUGGGCCUGAGGCCUUUGAUCAGCAUUUGGGACUGCCUCCUGGAGGAGCUGGAUGGGCCCAGGCAGUGGCUGCUGAGCCGUCCGUGGGUGUCCCAGCCGACCCAGGAGAGACGGCCCCUUUCCAGGUGCCGGGCUAGCAGGAGAGUGCGGCCCUGACUUGCAGCAGGAGCGCAGCCCAGGAGGCAAGCCUUGCCCAGGGGCCAAGGAGAUGGAAGAGCAGGUGUUCAAGGGGGACCCAGACACUCCCCAUUCCAUCUCCUUCUCCGGCAGUGGAUUUCUCUCCUUCUACCAGGCCGGGGCUGUGGAUGCCCUUCGAGACUUGGCCCCCCGGAUGCUGGAAACGGCCCACCGCUUUGCUGGGACAUCAGCAGGUGCAGUGGUGGCGGCUCUGGUCAUCUGUGGGAUUGAAAUGGAUGAGUACCUGAGAGUCCUCAAUGUAGGUGUGGCUGAGGUGAAGAAAUCCUUCCUGGGGCCCUUGUCGCCAUCGUGCAAGAUGGUGCAGCUGAUGCGGCAGUUUCUGUAUAGGGUCCUGCCCGAGGACUCCUACAAGGUCGCCACAGGGAAGCUCCACGUGUCCCUCACUCGGCUCACGGACGGAGAGAGUGUCGUGGUUUCAGAGUAUACAUCCAAGGAAGAGCUCAUCGAGGCACUGUACUGCAGCUGCUUUGUCCCCGUGUACUGUGGACUCAUCCCCCCAACUUACCGUGGUGUGCGCUACAUUGACGGGGGCUUCACGGGCAUGCAGCCCUGCUCCUUCUGGACCGACUCCAUUACCAUCUCCACCUUCAGCGGGCAGCAAGACAUCUGUCCCCGGGACUGCCCCGCCAUCUUCCACGACUUCCGCAUGUUCAACUGCUCCUUCCAGUUCUCCCUGGAAAACAUCGCCAGGAUGACCCAUGCCCUGUUCCCGCCAGACCUAUUGAUCCUGCACAACUACUACUACCGAGGGUAUGAAGAUGCUGUUUCAUACUUGAGGCGGCUGAAUGCUGCUUACAUCAAUUCUCCCUCCAAGAGAGUGAUGUUCCCCCGUGUAGAAGUGUACUGCAAUAUAGAACUUGCCCUUGGCAACGAGUGCCACGAAUGCAGUCAGUCAAGCCUCCAAACACAGCAGCAAGAAUCCAUACAACUUCACACACAGAGGGCUCCUGAAGGAGAAGGAAAGGGCAGCCACGGUUCACUUCCGUCCUCACCUGUGCAGACACCCGGAGCCACAUGUGAGUGGCCUGUAGAGUCACCUGUUUCACCACCUGUCCCUUCACUUGAGCAGUCACCUGCAACUCCACUGGCUUCAUCACCAUCACAUUCUGCAGCUGACCUGCCCCCUGCUUCGCUCCCAGCUGUACCCUUACCACUCAGCUCAACACUUGAGCUGUCACGUGUAUCACCACAGCAGCAGGUACAAACUACUGGAUCGCCACCAAGAUCCCCACCUUCCCAGUCAUCUCUGUCACACAGGCCACCCUUGGGGCCUUCAUCUGUAGGGGCAUCUCAAACACUGCCCCAACGUUCUUCUUCAGCAUCACCUGCACAGCCACCUGUGGAGGAACUAGGCCCAGAACAGUCCCAAGCUCCCCUUGCCUCUUCAAAGCCAGAAGGUACGACACCUUUGGUUAAUGUGAAGGAAGCCACCAGCAAGCCUCAUGCAAUGGGAAACCCUACUGAAGACUCCAGUUGGAUGAGCAAGGUGUUCAAGAAGAACAAACAAAAGACAAGUAGCACCAGAAAAGGCUUCCCAAGACAUCCACGAUCCAAAAAAACAGGCGGCAAAGUGCAGUCUGCUCCCUGUCCCCUCGACUUCACUCUGCUCUCCACUUCCGAGACAGUUUGGGUCACCUACAGGCCUCAUCCCAGCCAGAUCCAGGAACACAGCUGUCCUGAGGAAGCUGUGAACCAAGAGAGAACUUGAGCUGGAAUGAAAGAGAACCUGUUGACCGCAAGGUAGAGCCUUCUCCCCAAGGCUCUCAGACACAUUCUCUUCACCUAGGCCUUUUGGGGAUCAGAUGUCACCCACGACCAAGCCUGUUCAUGCAGAGGGUCCUGCUUCUCCUGGUCAAGCAACUCCUUGUCUGAACAAUCUCUCAGCUUCUCUGCGGUCCUCCAGCCCUUCCACUACUCUGCUCUGGACAGAUAGAUGGACACCAACAUGGAUAGGCUCUGAAGAGCCCACAGCACAUCCUGCUCCCAUCUGGCUGGGCUCUGGGCCUUCCUCCCAGCCCAGCCUGAGUUUGCUUCUUCGAGAUGGACCACAUCAAUUCUGGCCCACCCGGGAUCUAGUCUACAGGGCCAAGCUCUUGGGGGUUGAGCAAGACUGAGCAUGGAUGCACUUUCCUCUUUCCUGUGGUGUCAAGAGACUGAGCUCUUUGGUUUUGUCUUGUUUUUCAUUCUCAAGUGUACCAAAGGCUUGAUUUGGAACCACUGGACUCGGCCUCAGCUGCUCAGUGGAAUCACUUGUGGAGCGGAUCUGGCGUGAGGUCUUUAAGAGGGCUUGUGCAGCACGGCCAUGUUGAGCAGGCCGCCCUGGGCUUCCCUGAGCCUGGUGUGGCUGUGGAGGAAAUGGGAGGCCAAAUGCCCCUUCCCUUCCCAUCCCCAGAAGGGCGGCACGAGGACAGACUCUGCUGUUCACACCUCAGUGAAGACAUCCCAUGACAAAGAUACUCUCAGCCUCAGUUUUUCCAGCCUGUCCCCCCCAAAAUUAGCCCCACUUCUUGCUGGAGCAUGGGUAGCUUCCAGCCCCCAGCCAGGCCCCAUAAGGAAACCCAGGCUGCCCACAGGCCUCAGAUGUAUUUGCUUAGCAAAUUCCAGACGACUGAGUGGAAAACAGCUUUGAACUUGGUUGGAACCCCUGGAGGAAGCAUGCAAAUGUUAGCCAUGGAGGGUGGAGGGCUGUGGCAAGGGGGCCUGGUGGAGCCUAGUCUAAUGGGGCCAUGUCCCGGAGCAGGAGUCCACACAGGCAGCCUUAAGAAAGUUCUUCCAGGAAGAACCUAACUGAUGUGGGAAACAAAGGAAAAAGAAAAAAUUAAAUGUCCUUGCUGCCUACAGCCCAUUGACAAGGCCUUGAAACAGGCAGAGUGACUUUCCUCUGGGAGCUCAGCUGCCUCCGUGUUGACACUCUCCUAAGGGCAAUGUUACUCCGACCCCCCAGGAUUUCCUUUAAACCUACUUUUACAUAUAAAACUCCCUUUGGAAACUUCCUCUAUCUCUAACCCCCCCUCAUGAUACAUGUUAGCAACCAUCCUCCAGGCACAUGGUCCACUGAUCUACAUCUGAAGGGGCUCUUGAUGGAGUUUUUACUAAACGAUAAUAAAUGACCUUUUCCUAACAAUA